AGUAAGCGCCGCGAGCUCGCCGUGGCCGGAAGCGUUUCGCGGCUGUUACGCGUUGACACGCAAGAUUUAAUCCUCGCUCAUCUGGCGAGCGUGGCACUCGCAAGUUCUGAAAUUUUACACGGCGAAAAGUUUGGAUAAAAUAAUAAAUAAUAAAUCGUGAUAUCUUGCUGAUGUUUCUUUCUCCGUCAAUUUGCGCGAUUGACUUGCGUCAGGGCGAAAUAUAUGCACGGUUCUCCAGGAAAUUACUUUACGGAGGUGUAAAGGGGUUGUUUCAUUAAACUCGAGACAAAAAUCGUAACAUUUUGUUCAGAAAAGUGAGAGAGAGAAAGAGAGAGAGAGAGAGAGAGAAAGAGACAAUUAAGUUUGAAGCCUCGCAUCCCCUUUAUGUUGAGCCAACGCUUUGAUCAAAGAUAAAAGUUCGACUUAUUCAAUGAAUAGAAGGAACGUCUAGUUACGCUAAGGGGCACUUCAACUUACUUUGCUAAGUUACGUCAAACGGAUCUUGUAUUGAGGAAUCGCGAGGUCGCUUUCGGCGAACUGACGUCAUCGAGAACAAGUAGAUCGAGGAUUCACAACGGGGGAGAGUAUUAUCUCCCCAAGGCUAAAGGAAAGAAGCCGAAGGCGAAACAGCAACACACGGAAAAGGAGCAGAGAAGUGAAGGAGAAGCAAGAAGAGAGAAGAGCCGAGAGACGUUAGAGGGAGCAUCGAAGGCGAAGAACGAGAAGGAGGAGGAAGCUUCGAAAGCUCGAGCCUCGGGGUUAUUAGGAGAGGCAACUUAGAAUUUCGAUCAAACCACUUUCGGGCCGCAGUGGUUAAGAGCCGAUUAAUGCGAUCGGAUCUAAUUAAUCAGCCACUUCGCAGUCGCAACUCACUUUUCCGUCUGACGAUCCUGCACGAUUUCCAACGUCUAUUAAUCGAGAUAUCGUUAUCGGAGGAGAAGGAAGAAGGGUGAAUCGAUCUCGUCUCGAUGCCGACUCGAGAUAUCUUCGGUAUCACUCAGAUUCAAUGAUGAAGGACGUAGCAUCCCCGAGGAACGUCUUCGUACUUGUUAUCGACUGAUUGAUCAGAGUGACUGAUCAGACGAGGGAUCGUUUCCAACGCAUUAGUCGGACGAUGCUCGAUAGAGGCACGUAAGGAUCGCACCUGUUUCUUGACGCUUUUCUUUCGCCGAGGGAGACCUCCCGGGGAAGCAGCUAACAAAGAUGUGCGCGAGAUCGUUGCUGCUGUGCGUCCUCGGUAUCAUCGCUGUCGUCAACGAAUCCGAAGCCAGCUGGGAGGAAUGGUGGACCUACGAUGGCAUCUCCGGACCUUCGUUUUGGGGCUUGAUAAAUCCGCAGUGGUCCCUUUGCAGUAAAGGAAGGCGGCAGAGUCCUAUCAACAUCGAGCCGGACAAGUUACUCUUCGAUCGUCACUUGAGGCCAGUGCACGUCGAUAAACACAGGAUUUCCGGACAUUUACACAAUACUGGACAGUUCCUGGUGUUUAGAGCAGACAGGGAGGCGAAGGUACGAGUCAAUAUAACGGGUGGCCCUCUCGCCUAUCACUAUCAGUUCGAAGAAAUAUAUAUUCACUAUGGAUUGGAUGAUGGUCAUGGUUCCGAGCAUCGUAUCAAUAACUAUGCUUUCCCCGCCGAGAUACAAGUCUAUGGCUUUAACGCCGAGCUGUAUCACAAUAUGAGCGAGGCGCAGCAUAAGAGUCAGGGGCUGGUGGCGAUCUCGUUAAUGGUCCAGCUCGGCGAUACGUUAAAUCCUGAGCUGCAGAUCAUCACCAGUGUGUUCAGCAAGGUCAUACAUCGGGGUGAUACCGCACCUGUCCGCUACCUGUCUCUGAAAAGCCUUCUUCCGGAUACCACCGGUUACAUGACUUAUGAGGGUAGUACAACGCACCCCGGCUGUUGGGAAACGGCAGUUUGGUUGAUUCUCAACAAACCGAUUUACAUCACGGCACGAGAGCUGUACGCCCUAAGGAAAUUAAUGCAAGGCCCUUCCACUACGCCGAAAGCACCCCUCGGUAAUAAUUCCAGACCGUUGCAGGGUCUUCAUUACAGAACUGUGCGAACAAAUAUCGAUUUUGCCAAGCGGGGAAACGCCAAGUGUCCAUCGAUGGCGCAGGACAUGCAUUAUAGAGAUGACUUUUUCCUUCCAGCCAACACGUGGCGGGACGACGGCUCCCUAUCGCACAACGUAGUCUGAAGCCGUUCCGCGGUAGGACUACGAGAGAGGACUUUUUCCUAAAGGAGUUCUGGAACGAGACGAGUUCAUGUAGCGCGACACGAGGAGGGUGAGGCAAGAGCUGAUUUCUAACAACGGGGAAUAAGAAAAGGGGUUUCCCGUGGCUGUGCGAAAAACGGACGUAAAUUUCAAAUGAUUGUGUAAACUUAAGGGGUGAAAUAAAAAUACCAUAGAGCGAUUCCUGUGUUUCGAAGCAAAACCAGCAAGUGUAACGCAACCGCCGUUUUGUUAGCGAAAGGAUUACGUAUAUAAUUUGUAGAUAAGUUUUUAUCACAGGAGGAAAAUACAUGUAAAGUUUUGAAUUUCGUUUCAUUUCCCAGAGUAGCAAGGACAAAGCCGCGUGCGUUGCUACAGCACUAAUGUAAUUCUCACAACACGAGUGAUCAAAGGAGCUUUAAGUGUCUUGGUGGGAUAUGAGUUUUUGUUUAAUGCUGUUUGUAAGUUUACCGAGCAUACGAAGAUUGUAACAGUUAUCAGGGAUGGGCGUAUGACUUAACAUAAUACCUAUUACAAACUAAACAGUGUAAUUUUGUAAAAUGGACAAUAUAGCGCACACUUUCAGCUGAUGAAUGAAUGAUUCCUAUAGCGAGAGAAUAGGCAUUGUUUCUCUGAGAGGGACACAUUUUUUAAGAUGCCCAUCGCUGAUAUACCCCCCGAUAUACGCGAUUCGUCCUGUUGUCACGUGACAAAAAAAAAACGUGCGAAUAAAACGACUGCUUGAAUAAUUAAUCUCGCUGAUAAACCUGUGAAUCGGUCCGAGUUACUUGACAGGUUUUUGUCAAUUACCGCGUAGCCAAUGGCGAUACGACGUGAACCAUGUAAAGCGAAGACCAUUGGAGGACGCAGGGGAAGGAAAAAUGGGAAUGGGGGAAAUGUAGCGGAAGCGCGGGAAGAGAUGAGACGAUCGUGAUGGAUCUCGGUGGAAGAUACAGAAGAAGAAAUAGCCGGUAUCACGACGAAGGAAAGGGGGGAAGAGGAGACGGAGGUGGAGAGGCGGAGAGCAAUUUCGUAAUAGCUUCGGGAUAGAGACGAGUAGGUUAAUAAAGAAGGAAUGGUUCGGAAAGGGAAGAGAUUAGGAUGAAGUCAUGUGGUAAAUCAACCGCGUGGAAGAGAACCCCGGGCUCUCUCUCCCUCUCUUCUUCUCCCUCUCUCUCUCUCUCUCUUUCCGUUAGCUUAGCCGAUGGACGAAAUAAUCCGGCGCGCUUUUGUAUAUAUAAACACAGAUACGGAAAAUGUACACGAACAGACAUUUACCUAAGAUAGACGUUAAGCAGCGAAAAAGGCGAAAUUCUUUUAGGGAGAAGAAAAAAAGCGCGUGUAUAGAGAAUAAAGUUGUAUUAUAAAUCGAAAAAGUGAACGUUUAACAAAAAAAAAUUGUGGUUAAUAAGUAACAAUAAAGGCGACGUUAUAUUGUA